AACAGCAACUGAAAGAGAAAGUAAAAUAAUACAGGGAAGUAGCUCCAUUAUCCUGCUCAUAGUUCAGCAGCGGCACAGGCAUGCUGUCUCCUGCUUACUGAACGUCAGAAAGAAGACAGUUGUCCGGUUUGCGGGACGACAUAACGAUACUUCAAGUCCUGUCGGGUUCAUCUGAGGUCACGGGGAGAAAAAAAUGUCCCGCGGUUCAAACGCAGGUUUCGACCGACACAUCACCAUAUUUUCACCGGAGGGCCGCCUCUACCAAGUUGAGUAUGCCUUCAAAGCGAUCUCCCAGAGUGGGCUGACUUCUGUGGGGGUCCGGGGGGCAGACAGCGUUGUGGUGGUCACACAAAAGAAAAUACCUGACAAGCUGCUGGACUCUUCCACUGUGACCAACAUGUUCAAACUAACCCCGCGCAUUGGCUGUGUGAUGACUGGGCACAAUGCGGACAGUCGUUCCCAGGUUCACCGGGCGCGAGUGGAAGCAGGAGAAUGGAAAUAUAAGUUCGGUUAUGACAUCACAGCGGAUGUGUUGUGCCGCAGAUUGGCUGAUAUCUCGCAGGUCUACACACAAAAUGCUGAAAUGAGACCUCUAGGCUGCUGUAUGAUCAUGGUGGCUAUGGACCCUCAGCAGGGUCCUGCCCUGUAUAAAUGUGACCCAGCAGGCUACUACUGUGGCUUCAGAGCCACAGCAGUCGGGGCCAAGCAAACAGAGGCCAAUAGCUACCUGGAGAAGAAACUGAAGAAAAAGCCUGAACUGACCCAUGACAGGACAGUACAGUUGGCAAUAUCAUGUCUGUCCUCCGUCCUGUCCAUCGACUUCAAGGCUAAUGAACUGGAGGUCGGCGUGGUCACCAAGGAAAAGCCCAAAUUCAGGACACUGACAGAAGCAGAGGUUGAAGCCCACCUGGUUGCCAUAGCAGAACGGGAGUAGAGGUGCCCUCACUGCUAGCACAGUCUUUUAUUAAGGAUCGAUAAAGGUUUGAUUUGUAGUAUUUCACCAAACAUUUCCAGUAGGCUUUAAAAAAAUACACAGUGUUUAAAUUCUGAUUCACAUUAAACCAUCUUUAGUGGACAUCCCACAUCCCACCAACACACUGCAACGUGUUUCAUGUUUGAAAUAUGUACAUUUUUGGAUGCUGGUUAUUUAAUAUGACUCCUGCUGUUUUUGUUUGGAUGUGUACUGAAAAUUUGUCAUACAGCCUAUUUUAUACUGUGUGUUUAUAAUGCCAACCUUGUUGUCAGCUCCACACUCACAAAGUUGCAAUUAAAAAAUCCAUCAGAUUCAUUGUCAAGCCCUUUAGCAUAACUGUCAUAAUAAAACGGAAUAGAAAAGAAAACUAGAAAC